AUGUGGCUGAUCCUCUGGGCGCUGCUCUCUCUAGCUGAGCCGGGGGCCGGCGGCUCCUUCAGCAGGAGCGACACCUUCUGCUACCUGGAGGCGGCGGGCACCGCAGGGGCGGCGGGCACCAGGUACCUGAGCUUCCUCAGCCAGCGCUCCGGCGCCCUGGCCCUCGUCCAGAGCGCCUGGGGCGGGGAUGGGCACCUGCUGGCCUGCUCUAUCCAGGAAGAGGCCUGGCUCACGCGCCUGUACCAGGAGUCCUGUGCCAAGAGCCCGCAGAGCAGCCUCUUUGCCAGCCCCUGGAGCCCGGCGCGCCAGCAAGCCCUGGACAGCCUGGCCCAGCAGAUGCACCUCUGCAGCAGGGCUGAGCCCUUGGGGGCUGGCAGGCCCCGCGUGAGGAGAGCGCCCGUGGGCAAGUGGGCAGGACUGGCCCUGGAGGAGCGUGGGCGCAGGAGGACCCGGCGGGGCUGGACGAUGCCAGGGACGCUGUGGUGUGGAGCUGGGGACUCUGCAGGGAACCUCACCGAGCUAGGAAUCUUCCAGGGCCCCGACUUGUGCUGCCGGGAACACGACCAAUGCGCAGAGCAGCUCUCUGCCCUGGAGUACAACUACGGCAUCCGCAACUACCGCCUGCACACCGUCUCGCACUGCGACUGCGACGCCAGGUUCAAGCAGUGCCUGCUGGAGCAGAACGACACCAUCUCCAACGUCGUCGGCAUCACCUUCUUCAACCUGCUGGAGGUCCCAUGCUUCGUGCUGGAGCAGAGCGAAGCAUGCGUGGACUGGCACUGGUGGGGAGGGUGUAAGCACUACGGCCCCGUAGCCCUGGCCCGGAUGGUGCAACAAAGCCAGUACCACUACGGCCUGCCCCCAGGGGAGACGGCCAGCCCUGCCACGCUGGGCAAGGGCAAGGGCAAGGGCAAGAAGCACGCCAGGCGGGGCAGGAAGCACCAGAGGAAGAACCGGAAGAGGCCUAGGCAGAACACUGGGGCCCAGGGGUCACAGAGCCCCAGAGAAGAUCAAAGACCUGUCACGCCCCCCCUGCCCAGGGGCCUGGGCACGCUGCCCCCUGCCCCUGCUGAGGAUGGGGCCACCACCCCACACAGGCAUGUCCCAGACCGGCGGGGGCAGGAGCCACCACCCCUUACGAGGGCUUCUGAGCAGGGCCCCACGCCUGGGACUGAGCACCCACCCCCUGGUGGGGCUGGAAUGGAGGGGGCAGGGCGGCCCCAGGACAGGGACUCAGCGCGCCCUGCCCAAAGGACUAACUCGCCGCCCACCCCAGCCUCGGAGCCACGCUGCACCCCCACGCUGCACCCGCCCGAGCUGAGCCGCCGGGCCCCAGCAAGGAGCUGCGGAUGCUACCGGCACCUUGACCAGUGUGAGCACAAGAUUGCGCCCCAUGAGGUCAAGUACCAACUGCGCAACCCGGACUCCCGCACCCUGUUCCACUGCAACUGCACCCGCAGGCUGGUGCGGUUCCUGCGCAGGACGAAGGGUCCCAAUGAGGUGGAGGAGGAGGUGCUGUCCGACUUCAUCUCCACGGCCUGCUUCGUGCUGGAGCCGCCCAAGGGCUGCGCCGACAGGGAGCAGCAGCCCAACUGCAUCGGGUUGGGCCGGGCCGUCCUGACGCCUGCGCGGCACCUGAAGAACACGCUGGGGCGGUGGCAGGCACGGCCCGCAGCCUCCGUCAAGGUCAAGCGGCAGGAGUGGGAGGCACAGGGCAGCCCCCCCAGACUCUACGACAAGUGUCUCCAGCUGGCCAGGGCAGCCCGGAGGUCAGACCAUCACCCAGCACCCCACUGA